CCGCCACUACUACGCGACCGAAACCAGCCAUGUCGGAGCGAGGGGGGCUCUCUGGAUUCGACAGCGCUCGGUGUCACUACUUCUAAGCGUGUGUGUGAGUGAGAGAGAGGGAGGAGGCUGCUUCUCUGCUCGUGUGGAUACUGCCUUCAUGGACGGGCACCGGGGCUUUUACGAGAUGGAGAGCCCGACAGAGAACCCCAGCAAGGCGGCGGAGUACCUGACGGAGCUGAACAAGAUCAUCGAGACCCAGCAGGGGUUGCUGGAGAAGCAGAGGGUCCGGAUUGAAGAGCUGGAGCUCCAGCUGACGGAUCUUUGUAAGGAGAACGCCUGUCUGAAAGAGCAGCACCAGCGGCACCUGGCCACCUGCAGACUCCAGCAGGGGAACCACUCCACCCUGGGAGCCAUCAAGGAGAACGCCAUGCAGGAAAAGCGACACACCUCUUUGCCUGUAGAAGUCUCAGAGAUCCCUCUAAACCUAAUUGCCCCUCCAUGUAGAAGAAGUUACCCCUGUCGCAAAUGGAAGUCUGCGUCUUUUGGUGUGGAAGGUGAUGCUCCAGGCAGCGAGGUGGGCGCCUCUGUGGACCCCAGCAGUGGCUACAGUUGCGUCCCAGUGACCCACAGUGGCGGGCUCGGCCCCGACCACCUGGACAGCCAGCUGUACGGACACAUCUUGCUGCCUGGCCACCUGCGGCCCCGCCGACCCAAGCUCCAGCACUCCCAGUCCAUCCUCCGCAAGCAGGCAGAGGAGGAGGCAAUCAAGCGCUCCCGCUCGCUGUCAGAGAGCUAUGAGCUCUCAUCAGACCUACAGGAUAAGCAGGUGGAGAUGCUAGAGCGUAAAUAUGGUGGGCGUUUCAUAACCCGACAUGCAGCCCGUACCAUCCAGACAGCCUUCCGCCAGUAUCAGAUGAACAAGAACUUUGAGCGUCUUAGAAGCUCUAUGUCUGAGAACCGUAUGUCCAGACGGAUCGUCCUAUCCAAUAUGAGAAUGCAGUUUUCCUUUGAAGGACCUGAAAAAGUCCACAGCUCCUACUUUGAGGGAAAGCAGGUCUCGCUAACAGAUGAUGGCACCAAAAUCGGUGCACUGGUGCAGUCAGAACAUGGUGGGGAGAUGGGUGUGCCGGCUAAGACCCCCACAACACAGAGCGACUUCACAGAUGCUAUCACAGAACUAGAAGAUGCCUUUUCCAGGCAGGUCAAAUCUCUAGCUGAGUCCAUAGAUGACGCUCUAAACUGUCGCAGUCUGCAUGGUGACGAUAGUCAUUCAGAGCCAGGUAGAGGCCAGCAGGAUAUGGACAGGGAGGUUAGCUGCCAUGUGAAACCCUCCCAUAGCGCCUCAGAACACCGCAAACUGGAUGAGAUGACAGCAUCUUACAGCGAUGUCACCCUUUACAUUGAUGAAGAGGAAUUGUCACCACCCCUUCCUCUGUCUCAGUCUGUAGACCGGCCCUCCAGCACAGAAUCGGACUUACGUCAGCGCUCCCUCAACUCCUCCCAGGACUAUUGGUCUCUGGCUCAUAAGGAUGAGAAAGGGGACACAGACACCAGCUGCCGCAGUACACCUUCCUUAGAAUGCCAAGAGCAGCGUUUGCGGGUAGACCACCUCCCCUUACUGACCAUUGAGCCUCCCAGCGACAGCUCAGUGGAACUGAGUGAUCGUUCUGACCGCAGCUCUUUGAAGAGACAGAAUGCCUAUGACCGGAGCCUCAGCAACCAGCAGGGCAGCCCCAAACACAUCAGCCACAGUUUGCCACCCCGUGGGCCUUCCAGAGAAGAAGAUGCUUCCCGUCAUCGGUCACGACAACUGGAGGCCCAUCUGGCCAUCAAUGGCACUGCAAACCGGCAGAGCAAGUCGGAGUCCGAUUUCUCUGACGGCGACAACGACAGCAUCAACAGUACAUCCAACUCCAAUGACACCAUCAACUGCAGUUCUGAGUCCUCGUCCAGAGACAGUCUGAGGGAGCAGACGCUCAGCAAGCAAACGUACCACAAAGAGACUCGCAACAGCUGGGACUCGCCUGCUUUCAGCAAUGACAUCAUCCGCAAGAGGCACUACCGCAUUGGCCUAAACCUCUUCAACAAGAAACCAGAAAAAGGCAUCCAGUAUCUGAUAGAGCGAAACUUUGUUCCAGACACUCCAGUGGGUGUGGCCCACUUCCUGCUUCAGAGGAAGGGCUUGAGUAGGCAGAUGAUUGGGGAGUUCCUGGGUAACAGACAGAAGCAGUUCAACCGAGAUGUCCUUGACUGUGUGGUGGAUGAAAUGGACUUCUCAGGUAUGGAGCUGGACGAAGCGCUCAGGAAAUUCCAGGCUCACAUCAGAGUCCAGGGAGAAGCACAGAAGGUUGAGAGGCUGAUAGAAGCCUACAGCCAGCGCUACUGCAUCUGCAACCCUGGUGUGGUGCGACAGUUCAGGAACCCUGACACCAUCUUCAUCCUGGCCUUUGCCAUCAUCCUCCUCAACACAGACAUGUACAGCCCCAAUGUCAAGCCUGAGAGGAAGAUGAAGUUGGAGGACUUUGUUAAGAACCUUCGAGGAGUGGAUGAUGGGGAGGACAUCCCCCGAGAGAUGCUGGUAGGGAUAUAUGAGCGGAUUCGGAAGCGGGAGCUCAAGACUAAUGAAGACCAUGUGUCCCAGGUUCAAAAAGUGGAAAAACUAAUUGUUGGAAAAAAGCCGAUUGGCUCUUUACACCAUGGUCUGGGCUGUGUACUAUCCCUACCCCACCGGAGACUGGUCUGUUACUGCAGACUUUUUGAAGUGCCCGACCCCAACAAACCACAGAAGUUGGGCCUGCACCAAAGGGAGAUCUUCCUCUUUAAUGACCUGCUAGUGGUCACUAAAAUUUUCCAGAAGAAGAAGAACUCAGUGACAUACAGCUUUCGGCAGUCCUUCUCACUUUAUGGCAUGCAAGUGCUACUCUUUGAGAAUCAGUAUUAUCCCAAUGGAGUCCGCCUGACCUCAGCCAUUCCCGGAGCUGACAUCAAAGUCCUCAUCAACUUCAAUGCGCCCAAUCCUCAGGACCGCAAAAAGUUUACUGAUGAUUUGCGAGAAUCAAUUGCUGAAGUCCAAGAGAUGGAGAAGUAUCGGAUAGAAUCUGAGCUAGAAAAACAGAAGGGGGUGGUGAGGCCCAGCAUAUCCCAGAGUUCGGGGUUAAAGAAGGAAACGGGAAACGGCAACCUGAGCCGAGCCAGCCUUGACGACAGCUAUGCCAUUGGUGAAGGUUUGAAGAGGAGCGCCCUCAGCAGCUCCCUACGUGACCUCUCAGAUGCAGGCAAGCGUGGGAGACGCAGCAGUGCAGGAUCACUAGACAGCAAUAUGGAAGGGUCCAUCAUUAACAGUCCUCACAUGCGGCGGAGAACCCCCUCCAGCCGAGACUGCCCGUCCCGCCACAGUGGCCAGUCCCUGCCCAACUCCUCCUCUCUGCUUGGAUCUUUGUUUGGCACCAGGCGUGUGAAGUCCCCCAGCCCCACCCCUCAGCCCCUGCACCCCACCCUCAUCUCCCACACCCCACACCCCGCCAACCUGCACCACACAGCCCGGGUUGAGUCGGACACGCCAGUCCCCAUGCACCCACAGCACACCCAAUUCUGCCACAUGACCCAGAACCCCCCACCUUACCACCACCACCACCACUACCACCCACCAGCCCACCUGCAACACCCUCCGCACCAGUUCCACCCGCCCCAAUCUCACGGCCAGCAGCAACCCUACCCGCCUCACACACAGCACGGCCAUGGGAGCCACCCGGCACACUCCUCCCAACAUGCUCAUGGCCCCCACCACCAUGGCCCGCCGCCACCACCGUCCCAGGCCUCCAGCAGCACCAAGCCCAAACACAGCGGCAUCAGUACAGUGGUGUGAGGCUGACGGGGGCCUCUCUGGGCUCUCUGACUGAACUUUGAUUUUUCCUCCGAGGCUCUUGGCCGAUGAGACGGUUGCACCGUGCAUCGCUGGUCUGAGGAUGUGAAGUCAGACAAGAUCCUAUGUCUCCUCAGCUUUUGUUACGCUCAUCUCUUGGGCAGUUUAUUCAACCCAAACUCAUUUAUUUUCCUGGUGGUCCUUUCAUUUCAUUUCAGGUCAUAGAUCAUGUCUGCCUCCUUCAAGAGCAACAGACAACAACGCAAGAGCAUGCACAAAGACCAUAAUUACUGUUUUUCCUCAGUAAACUAAAGAACAUGAUCAGAUAUCUCACUUACUAGUAUUUUACACAAAAAGUAAAUAGUAACCUCGACUUUAAUGUCUACGAAGUAAUUUUAUCUAGUGUGAGGGUGGUUUGGCUGAACAGAGACAGGCAGACAGACAGACAGACAGACAGACAGACAGACGGACAGACGGUCAGCCUCAGCAGUAGCUGUACAAGUAUUUAAUGUAGCGGUAGCUCACAGUGCACUGUGAUAUCUCUGUUAGCAGUGAUAAAUGUGCCAAUUAUUGAAGCAUUUACUAAUUUAGUCACAAAAAUCGCUUUAUGUAUAUUGUGCAUAGUAUUUUGUAAAAAUGAUAAUAUCAGCUGUUAUUACAAUUAUUAUUAUUACAGAACAAAUGGUAUCAGUUAAAAACUUUUAGUAUUAUACCCGCACAUAGGUGGCGUAGUUUCACUGUUAAGAAACCAAUCAAGGCUUUUAUUAGUUAGGUGAUUCAGUAAGCUGGAAUACUACUGUAUAUGGUUGCCUUUGAGUUAGAACUCUGUUAAGAUUGUUGAAGACUGGUGCACACCAGCUUGCGUACAGUCUUAUCCAUUGCACUUCAUUGGUUCAGGUUCGUCUCUCCUGCUCUGAAAAAAGGAAGCCACAGUGAGCAAACAGAUUUUUCGGAAUGUCAGCUCUUCAGUACCGACUGCUCAUCCACCGUCAUUUUAUUUUUUUAACUAUUUUUUUAGAGUCCAAUAAACAAUACAAAGAAAUGCCCUAUAUGUUCUACUGCAACCUGGGAGGAUUCUUCAAGUCCAUUCUACAGGAAGAGGGAGGAGGAGGAUUGCGAUGUUUUCAUGGAAACUGAAGGAGUCUGUGCAAACUGUGUAGCAGGGAAACAGCAACAUGACUGUCCAAGUGUCUCUCCUAAUAUGGAAACUCUCAGCUGGCUGAGUGUGCCCUGUCCCUCUUUAAUUUCCCCAUGCGUCUCUUGAGCAGCGAGCACAUCACGCAGUGCUGCUUACUCCCUUGACCAGACUUUUUCUCGGAGCCACACAGAUGCCAGAGUACAGAAAUCAAUAAUUAUCACUUUGUGAUGGUGAUAGCACUCUUGCGCUUCACUCGCCACAAACAGCAGUUUUAUAUCAAUCAUCUUUCUGACAUAUUAUGGGAUGGCUGGUUGUACCUCCCAGUCAUCCUGUGCAAAGUAUCUGUUGUGCGUGCAGAGCGGAGGCAGAGGGCUGGUGUGCUGGAGCAUAUUUUCUGUUGAAAGUUAUAGACACAGCACUUGUUUUACUUAGUUGAUAUCAGCGGCAGAAUUUAGUCUGUAUCUGCUUAAAGACUAUGAGAUGGAUUUUUUAACUUGUGCAAUAUGUAUUUACUUUUUUGUCUAAGAGCAUUUGCAAUCUGUUGGUUGUUCCAUUUGGUUUAAUUCUGUUAGUUUUGUCCCCCCCUCCCCCAGAGUCCUUUGUCAUUUCUUCCUCUAUGUAUCAGUGAAGUGCAAGUAUCCACAUUGAUUUGGAAGGACUUUACCUUCCACACUGAUAAAGAAUGUCAAAGAAAAUAAUUGCAUGUAACAAUGUAUUUUGAGGCUAUUUUCUAACUAUUGUGUAUUCCCAAACUAUAUCAGAGUUACAGGUGACAGUUGUUGAAAAUGAAUGGUAGAAUAGUUUUGACUUCUCUAAUUACAACUAACUGAAGUCAACUAUGUAUUUGUGUCACUCCAGAGGAUAACCAAAUCUGUAUCUUUUCCUGAUCCACACACAGUAGUUUAAUGGAUCUCAGUGUACAACAGCAGUUAAAGAUGGACCUUAUCACAGCUGUCAGAGGGAAGCUCUUUGCCAACAAAAAUUGGUGUUACAGCUGGCGGGAUGAGAGAUGUAAUCUGUCAAAUGGAAAUCAAAGUGAUAAUUGACAGACAGCUUUGAGUACAAAGAAUGGAGCGCUCUUAUCUUCAUAUUUAUCAUCUGUCUCUGUCAAUGGCUCACACAUUACUGUUGUCAAGUGAUAUCCGGUAGAUCAGUAUUCUUAAAUAGGCCUAUUUUUUUUCCCAAAGGUUCAAGUUUUCAAGGUACCCCCUUCUAAUAAGGCCCCCUUUAUUAUGGGUUCAUAAGUUGUAACUAAGUUAAUUCAUUAAUCAAUUAAGUUAAUUAACUUUCCACUUUAUUAAUAGUUACUAAAUCCUUUAUUGAUGCAUUAUUCAUCCGUAAUAAGCUAUUCACAAGUACACCUUAUGGGUUGCCAGGUUCUGAAGAAAUCUGCUAGGCUGGUGUUUAUCCUGCAGCAAAUUAACUGUUAUAAAUGUUAGUUAUUUAUCAUUCCCAAUAAUCCAUCAAGUCUGCUGUUAUAUAGAUUUUAAAUACAGUGAUGAUCAGUUCUUGACCACUAGUAACACUGUGGAGCAAUGUUCAUACAAGUGGCUCCCUGCUUUGUUUCUGUUGCGCAUGCACACCAGAAAACACAUGCGCGCGAAUGCAUGGAGGAUGCAAUACACAGGGCCUGUUUUCCCGGUUGAACACUGGUCCACUGAUCGACAGACGGCAAAGGACGCACAGCAAGGUGCUGGCAAAGGCGGUGAAGAAGACUGCAAAAUAGCAGACUCUGAUGUAAAGAUCGCACGAUGUGAAAUAUACCAAAAAAAUAGACUUUGUAAAUGUUUCAGGAGGAAGAAAAUGCACACAACACGCUUGUUUUUUGCAUACACAAAUGCUAAAUGUAAACAUAAAUAUAUUUAGAGGAAACUCCAUGGGGCAGCUAUAAGUGGUCAAACUGUCUUCAUGAUGAAAUAAAGAGCUAGCUAAAAAAUCAGAGCAUGUACUGUGCUGGGCAGGGUUUCCCCCGUUUCUCGCAGUAAAUGCUAUAUGUUUUAUUGACAUUGGCGGUUGUUUAGGACAUCUGCUACUUACUACAUUGAUCCCAAGACAAGAUGCUUCAGGAUCUGAGUGGCUUUCCACUUCUGCAAAACAACUUUGAGGAAAACCUCACUGGAGGAGGGAUUUUUCACAACCUGGCAAUGCAUAUGUUGUUCUUAUUAAAGAAUUACUGAUCUAUAACACAUUAUUAUUUAGUUGCAUUAAUGAAACCAUUGGUUACAACCUAUAAAUUCUUUAUAAAUGGUGUCUUAUUAGAAAGUGGUACCAUUUUGAAAAAAUCUCUCACGAUUCAAAAUGAUUUUUGCAGUACUUUAUGCACCAUAGGUUACUCUAGAACCUAAUAUUUGACUCCGAUCUUUCAAAUAUGCCACUUUUAACACAUUAAUUUCUGUUCAGUGUCUGUUCUACAGAGUCAAGAAAGUGCCAAUAUUGCGUGGUCAUUACCUUUCAGUUUUAUACCAAAUAGAUUGGGGACCAAAUUUAAUCAACCCACUGCAACCCCACAGUUGACCAAUCAGAAAUUCUGUCAUCAGACCAGCAUCUGAUCACUAACUAGUUAUUACAUUUUAAUGGUGCAGACGCUAGCCAAAAAGAAGCUUAGCUUUAUUAAAAUCUUGAUAGUUCUCCAAAGGAUGUCUAAUCAAUGUGUUUCCAGUCACGAACCUCCAGCUCCUUCGGAAGACUGAUCUAUUGUGAAACCUGUCCAGAUUCUGUGUGAGGUGCUUUGUUGCAUGCCAUUGAUGCCUACCAUUUAUUAUUUCUUUUCCUUUCUUUUUUUUUUUUUAAGUGUCAUUCUGUUGAGCAGUGGGCUUGACUAGACCCUAAACUUUCAAUGUAGUUUUGGUUUCUCUGACUGAUGCUUGUUUACAUUUAGAUGAUUUCUGGCCUGCUAGUGUGUCUUUUCAUUUAAAGUUGUGUCAUUCUACUCCGGCAUGCAUUUCACCUCUAUUUUCACUGUACAGUAUAAACACAUUGCAGUAUACUGCUUAGUGUAAAUAGCAAAUCCAUCUUGGGAAAUCUAAUGUUACUUGAUGAGGUAAAUAGGGCUUGAAAGGGAGGAAACAUUUUAAGGGUGGGUGGGACGUAAAGAAUGAGAAAACAUAUGUAAAUAGUCUGUAAAUUAUUAUUAUUAUUAUUAUUAUUACUACUACUACUACUCCAUGUCUGCAGUUACAUUGAAGGUGCAUUCCUGCUCCCCUCUGGUAUUUACAUAAUCAUCAAACUGCUUCUCUCUGCCUCCGACAGGACUGUAUUAUCAUAGGAUCUAGAGAUGAACAGCCAACUGUUACACAGUUAACACCGCUUCGGACUUCUUUCCUGAGUCGAUCCUGUUCUCUCACACUCACGGCCCACUUUUAAAGUCAAAGGGAAGGGAAGAGUGCUCUUAUUUUAUUAAGCAUUUCUAAGUAGACAAAACCCUAUUGAUGUAAAAUUAGUACUGUGACGAUGUUGAGAACGCAAAAUAAAAUGAUAUACUGUAAAACCUGA